CCCCUCCUCGCUCCUGCUGCCGGCGCCGCCACCUCGGCCCGGCGCGGGCGGGCGGCGCGGAGCGGCCAUGGAGCCGGAGCGCGAGUGCCGGGUGCUCUCCAUCCAGAGCCACGUCGUCCGCGGCUACGUGGGCAACAAGGCGGCCACCUUCCCCCUGCAGGUUUUGGGAUUUGAAGUUGAUACGGUGAACUCUGUCCAGUUUUCAAACCACACAGGUUAUGCCCACUGGAAGGGUCAGGUGUUAAAUUCAGAUGAACUUCAUGAACUGUAUGAAGGGCUUAAGCUGAACAAGGUGAACCGGUAUGAUUACGUACUCACAGGAUAUACAAGAGACACAUCGUUUCUUGCAAUGGUGGUGGAUAUUGUCCAGGAACUGAAGCAACAGAAUUCUAACCUAGUGUAUGUAUGCGAUCCAGUGAUGGGGGACAAAUGGAAUGGAGAAGGCUCUAUGUAUGUGCCCGAGGAUCUCCUCCCAGUCUACAGGGACAAAGUCGUACCUGUUGCUGAUAUAAUUACUCCUAACCAGUUUGAAGCUGAGUUACUCACGGGCAGGAAGAUUCAGACAGAAAAAGAAGCUUUAGAGGUAAUGGAUAUGCUCCAUGCCAUGGGACCAGAGACUGUGGUGAUCACAAGCUCAGAUCUACAGGCACCUCUAGGAAAUGACUACCUAAUUGCUCUGGGAAGCCACAGAAAAACUAAAGCAGAUGGUACCAAGGUGACACAAAGAAUUCGAGUGGAGUCUCCUAAAGUGGAUGCUGUCUUUGUUGGAACAGGAGACUUGUUUGCUGCUAUGCUUCUGGCAUGGACACAUAAGCAUCCAAACAAUUUGAAGGUGGCAUGUGAAAAGACUGUGUCAGCCAUGCAACAUGUUCUGCAGAGGACCAUUAAGAGUGCAAAAGCACAAGCUGGAGAAGGAAACAAACCAAACUCAGCCCACCUGGAACUGAGAAUGGUCCAAAGCAAAAAGGACAUAGAAAACCCAGAGAUCAUAGUGAAAGCCACCGUGUUAUAAAGGCCGUACGUCUCCAAUAACGCACAAUGUAUUGAUGUCCUCAUUUCUUUCCUGUAAAUUGUAAUAUUUGCCUUAGAUCUGUGACAGAAACCUGACUUUCAUGAAAUAGUGCCCAGCAUAGGCAGAUAUCCACUCUCAAACAUAUGUGCUGGCCUUGCUCAGUUUUAAAAACGAAACGGUUAGUGUGCAUUGAAGCAUAUCACCAGGUAUCAAAAUGGCUGUCAAAUUCACUUCGUCUGUGUAAUUACCCAGGGCAAGAGAGUACAAUGUUCCUGCCUUGCCAAAGACUUUAGAUGUGAAUUUGCUGAUGGAAUGCUUGGCUGACUGGAAAAUAUAUUUCAAGAUGGCAUCUAGUGCCAAUGGAGCUGGCUCCAUGCUCCCUUUUUCUGGAGGUAUCUGGUUACCUACUCUGGUAUUCAGUAUCUCAGCUGCUAUGAAACUAAGCAGGGUUAAAACUACACACAAAGUUCUGGUUGUGUGUAGGAGUACUUUGAAGAUGUUUGGCAUUUAAGUACUUUGAAGUGACCUUCAGGUGUCAUUCAUGUUACUGGUAACUGCUCCUGUUUCUUGUCUAUGAACAGCUGCACGGUUUUGGUUUUUGCAGGUACUGGCUGCUUAUUUCUAACGUCUUUGGAUGCCCACAUGAUUUUUCCCAAAAGCUGCUCCAGAAACGUCUUCAUUUAUAAGAUAAUGUCUUCAUUCAGUAGCGCUGAUUAGAAGUUUGUAGUUCUACCUCUGCGGCCAGGUUUGAUUCUUUGUUUAGUUUUUAACUAAGGACAAACAUUCUGUCAGGACAAAAGAGAAAGCAGCUCUUACCCUGAAAGCUGGCUACCCUGGUUUGUUCUUCAUGGCUGGAUGUAUUUACAGACUGCUCAGGGCACUUCCACUUAACAAUAGUGAGCACUAUUGGCAGACUUAUCAAUGAAGCAAUGUGGUAAAAGUCAUAGGUUUUGGUUUAGUAAGUUAUGUAUGUUUACCCAAUAUAGUGAAACAGACAAAAUUAAUUUGUUCAUAAUUUAAGUCUCUGCAGCCUCUGCUGCCUAGAGAUGACAGAAAUGUAUUAUUUAUUAUGAAUGCAUCUUUAUUUCAAACUUUUGCUUCAUAAGGCUUCAAAAUGGGAUUCUUAAUUUCAGCGUCAUAUACAUCGCAGCCACAUAUUAUACCAGUGGGGCAGAUAACGCUGACAGGUACUGGCAACUUGUACCACUGUAUGAUUUCUGUAUGGGACUGAGAUUCUUGCUUCUUCCAGGAUGAGAUAUAGUGUGUCGUUAAAUCCAACUUCAGUUGAUGAGCUUUAUUUGUCUCAGACUGUAUAGGGAGAUGAAAAUUGCAGUUACUCGUGCAGUGACGUGAAGGAAAUUUGCAUUAGAGGAAAAGGCUAAGUUUUUCUUGAUUACCUGAGCAUGCUCAGGAAACUCACUCUUGGGCAUCUCCUAGAUACCUUUCCUGCAUCUUCCUCAUCACACCUGCCUAACUGAUCAUGUCACUCGCAUAGCUUGGGAGUCCCCAGAAGAGGUGGUUUGGAGAUUGCUUUAGCCACUGAAGUCUUCGCUUAUCCGACCAUUUUUGUGGAUUUUCUGCUAUUGUAAAAGUUAAUUGGUUUCACCUAGUAGAAGAGUAAUUUAUCCUUAAAGUGACUUUUGAGCUGAAUAGAUUUUUUUUUCAUAGAGUAAGAUUUCAUAAUUAAUACAUUUCUGAAAUCCCUCAUUUUCAGUGUCUCUGAAGCAAAUUAAAUUUGAGAUGAACAUGUUUUGCAGUAAGAGGCAAACUUCAGGCUUUCACUCUCAAUAACCAAUAAUUUUAUUUCCUCUCAUGCAGUUGGUAUUAAAAAUGAAAAAAAAUAUUCGUACGACUUGAAAAUUUCAAGGGGAAAAAGACCCCAGAAAUUACCUUGAAAAUGUGGCUCUCCUGCCACAGUUUUUAGUAACCACUGCCAUGAAAUAACUCGCUAGCAAUAAUAAUUUUGGUGAUGUGAACAGUUGCUAAAAUUAGCAGUCAGUAACAGAGAUGAGCUCAUCGCUGAUAUCCAACAUGUAAAAAGACAGGAACUAUCUUAACAGUGUCUAUAAAUACCUGAUGGGAAGCAGUGAAGAAGAAACCAGGCUCAUCUCAGUGAUGCCCAGUGAAGGGAUAAAAGACAAUGGGCACAAACUGAAAUACAAGAAAUUCCAUUUAAACAUUAAAAAAAUAUAAUUCACUGUGAGGGUGAUCGAACACUGGCACAGGUUGCCCAGAGAGGUUGUGGAGUCUCCGUCCUUGGAGAUAUUCAAAACCUGACUGUACUCAGCAGGCCCUGAGCAGCCUUCUGUACUUGACCCUGCUUGCACAGUGGGGUUGGACUAGACGAUCUCCAGAGGUCCCUUCCAGCCUCAGCCAUUCUGUGAUUCUGUGAAGUACAACAAAUUGCCUUUCUUUGCAGCGCUGUAUUUUUAAAUCGAUGCUUUUUUUUUUCUUGCAGGUAGGCUAGGAAAUAUUAGUAAUAAUAAUUAAUAAUUUGCCCCAUUUUAUAUAAGCUGCUUUUUACUUGGGCAGUUGUGACAGGAAUACAGUUGCCUUCUUUGAGAUAGUCGCUUUCAGCAAAGAUGUUUAAAUACUGUAGCUGGUGAUGCAUUUCAACAGUUGUACACAAAAGGAUUUUAGCUGUUUCUACCAUUGAUUAAAGGAGUCUUGAAUGCCAUAUUCCAAACAUAACUAAGAGUUUAUUUAUCUUUUAAAAUUAAGACUAUUUCACGUGGAAGCGUAUAAUCCCUGCCAUCCUCUUGGGAAGAAGGGAUCAACAUACUGAACUUCCCUGCCUUUAUGUAUCAUGGUCAACUUUACAGCAUUAUGCCUGACACCCUCACCCAGCUCUGUCCAGUUUUGCAGCUCCUGUGGGUCACAUACAAAAAUUGUCAGAUGGCCAAGCCUUGAGAGCUCUACCGUGUCCUUCAGGUUACGAAGAAUUAGAUAAAUCCCAGGAGCAGUUCACAUGCAGUAAGUGACAUUUGAUUUCUAUGGCCCCAUGGCUCCAGCACAGAGCACAGAUCUCAGCUGGGUCUGGAAGUGGCUCCUGGUGCAGUGUCUGCUGUAGCCAGGGCUGUGGAUUGCCCAGCACCCUGCACCAGCAGUGGCUUCAUUGCCAGUCACGUAACGCAGCCUCAUGGCCUGGCUGGGGAGCUGUGUGGGGCCAAAUUAAGAGCCACGUGGUGGCCGUCCUUGCACUAGUGCAGUGCAAAAUUGAGGUUCUUCAGUUCUUCACAUCAGGGGAUCAACAGGAGAGAGAGGCUCAAAAUUGGCCUUUUAAUAUUUUUUUUUAAAGCAGCAAUAAAUAUGCACUGACGAAUUUGCUGUCAGAGAAACCCUACCUGUUGCAAGCAUGUGCUACAGAAAAGCCCUUUUGGUAAGUGUGAGACAGCACGAACCUUUUUUCCCCACUAAAAAAAAAUAGGCUUUCAUAAGGUAAUUGAGAGAAAGGCAAGGGCUGGUUUUCUCUGAAAUAACCAAGUUUGGUAUUUAGGAAACUUAAAGCUACCUUGCAAACAAGGUUUUAUCUGUAAACCAUAAUGACCUGUGAUCUUGCCAUAGAAGACAAAAUGAUAUGCUUGUUGGAGCAACUUCCACCUGUCAGGUGUGAUCUUUUCCCACUGCUUCAAAGAACGGAUCAGUUCAGUAAUUCACACCUUCCUUAGAAUCUGUGACAUAUCCAUGUUAAAAAAAAAAUAAUAAUAUAAUGACAUUAAUGUUCUCAAUUUGCAAAAGUUCUUAUUUUGCAGUAGCUGGAUUCUGUAGCAAGGGGCUGGUGGCUGCUUCUGCUUAUGUCCCUGGGAGCUGCUCUUUUAAACUCCUCCUGACUUGCUCUAAAUUAGGUCAGGUUUUUGUCUUCAGUGAAGAAUUGGGCCUAACAUCUCUUCCCAGGAACAAACAUCAGAAAUUAUCUGUAAAUACAUUCUAUAACUAACGUUUUGUAGUAACAACAGGCUGACAGGUAUUUUUAAAUGUCAAGGUAUACAUACUUAAUACUUGGAUGCAUUGUUAUUUGUUCAGAGUUACACAGUGCUUGUUCAUAAUGUUUGCAGAACAAAAUUCAAAGACUUAGCACAGUCCUGUCCAAUCUUUUAUUCCCUCCUCUCCUCCUGCAUAUAACAUCUGUAUCUCUUUUGGAGUUCCUUCUGUCUUUCUGGUGCAGCUGGAAAGUGUCUCAGUAUUAGACAGCUGCCCACUAUUUAUUUAAGGGCUUGGAGAAGACUUAUCAGGGUUGUCUGAUCCACUUGCAGAUCCUUAUGAAAAGAAAAAUGGUUAGUCUAAAGUAGUUUAGAUCCCAGCUGAUUACAGAAGAACAAGCACUUUAGCCCGGAGAGGCUAAAUAACAAAUGGAUAAUCUUCCGUGACCGUCCUAACAGCAUGAAAGGUGGCUGUAACCCAGUCCAGCAUCCACCAGUUAGGGACUGCUAACUUCACUGCCACGCGUACACCCACGUGUACGUGUGAAGUUAGCAGCAAGGGAUGCUUCUAGUGCUGAUGGACAUGUAGGCGUGGGAGCGGUGAAUGCUUUGUGUCUUUGUCCAGUCGACAUCCCUACCGUUCUUUUCUUUUCGCUCAGCGGAAGUAAUUUGUGUUAGAUCCCUUUUUUCUGGAAUGAACUUGGCAGUGUAUGUGGUCAGCCAUUUUGAUUACUGCAAGCGCAGUCAUUUGCGGAGCCAUCGUGCAGGGGAGACCAGAAGUUGUUUACAAACGAUCUACUCUAUUCUGGGCCCGGAUUAGUCUCUACAUGCUUAAAAUGCCCAUGUACCUCUUUGGGAGACGUGCAUAAAGACAUUGUGCUAAAAUCAAUGCUAUUCACACUUGAUAUAAAACGUUUAAGAAAUCUGCAGUAUAAUGUUUGUUUGCCGAUUUUUAUCGUUAAGUGGAAGAAAUCUAUAAUCAAUGUGUUAUACAAAACAAUCGGAGGACCAAGGUUUCCAGCUGCUCAUAACUGCCUUUUUGAGUAUCUUAACUGUGUCUUGAUUGGAUGGUGUUAAUUUGUUGUCUGAGACUGUUAAUGGUGAUUGUAUUGAUUUUAUUUUAUUUUACAAUAUGUGGCAAGGAAGAUUGUAAUAAAAGUAUCUACAUUUAAUAUACCGUGCACACACAAAUUGUUAGAUCCUAUUUUUGAAUAUGUUAACCAUUUCAGAAUUAAAGAGAACAAGAAGAGUUUGAUAGUCUUGCUGAAUACGGUGGAUGUAAUUAAAGGUUUCCUUAGUUCUAGCCUAGGAGAGACAAAGGGGUAGCUAAUGGAAGAGCACACAUUUGUGCGCUGAAAUCAUCUCAUUGUAAGAUAGUAGGUAUGUGGAAGUGAGUAACAUCCUUGGCUUUUUUUAAUUUUUCUUUUAAAAAAAGUUUAAUGGGAAGACAACUGCUGUCAUUCUGCACCAGGGCUCUUGUAUGCCUCUUACUUGCAUGUGUGGGGCCUCUCUGUGUUGUGCUCUUUAUUCCUGCGUACAAGGUGAGAAGAGGGGCUUGGAAUAAGACCCACAACUCAUUUUGAGGUCUGUUUCUUGUGCAGCGUUUAGCUGCGUUCCCUUCACAGAGCAGUUUUUGCCUUACCGCGUAGGUUAGAGCAUACAAGGCUAUACAGUAGGAAACAGUUGUUCCUGCAUGUCAGAACCAGUGCUUCUGUGAGCACUUCCGUGAGUGUCUCCGCUACAGCAGUGGUUUGCAAGAGGAAGAGAGCACAUAUCCAGUUUAAUGAGGGCACUGGUUAUUGGAGAAGCUCCAGUUAUUAUGGGUAUGCCCAGCGGAGAAGUUUGGCUUAUACUUAUACAAAAGAAAAUCACCUCUCCUGAGCAAAGGUCCUUGCCCCGUUAAAGAGUACUUUUAGAAGCUGAGAUAGAAGUGUUACAAAUUUUGGCCGCUCUGAAACCAAAAUAUUUCUUCAUAAGUGGAAAUACAACCCCUUCUUUUGCAUCCCAUUGCAGCCUUAAUGGCUCACUGACUAGGCAUUCAGCUCCUAUUAGAAUCACAGGACAAGGUUAUUCAGAGAGCUGUUCGUCAUGAAAGACACUUGCUUCUGGUACAUGAGAGCCUACUGCUGAACAGCUUUGUAGCUUUCUAAAGCAUGUCCAUUAAAGGUACACAUCAACCAUGGAAACUAAGCUUUGAGAUGUUCAAUCACAGCCCCCAAAAUAGCUCUUCUCUUUAAAAUAAAUGAGAAAAAAAAAAGUGAGUUCACACAUGCGUGCAGGAGCAGAUUUAAGAUAAAUCCACAAGGUUCAAUCAGAAACUGGAGGAGUGUGCCCUAAGUGCCCGGCAAAGGACGUUGAAUACAGAAUGCAAGGGCGCUGCUAUUGUCAGCACACUUUUCCAGGAGACCCCAAGCUAGUUCUUACGCUUUCCAGAAGGGAAGAAUGCGGUUUUGCUCCCGACAGCCUAGGAAAACUCCCAUCUGCGUCACCAGGGAAACCAGUGCCAGGUGACAGCCCCAGCACCACCAGCCACCAGUUUGGUGCUUUUACUGCGCCAGCCGCAAUGGCCCUCGAGGCGAAUGGGGUGCUCCUCAAUGAGCACACGUUCCUGGCUUAGUGCCUCCACCGCGCAAAUAACAGUAAUAAAUCCACAAUUUGCAGAGCAGUGAAUAAGGCAGCACAUGAUUCAGACAGAGAAAACCAGCAAUAUGAGAAGGCUGUGCCAUAUGUUACCACCGAACUCACGUGUACUCCUUACCUAUUGCCCUUGUGGUUGCAUUGCUAUUUAGAAAAAAAAAAAAAUAUUUGUGUGUAGAAGAGUGUAAUAUAUGUACUCUUGUGCGUGUGUUGUACGUAUGUUGAAGCUUUAUUUGCAAUGUGGUGGGGGUGGGAAACAGAAUUUGGGGGCUGGCUGCGUAGGCCUUCGGGAUGUGAGCAGAAGGUCUUAAAGAAUUCUAUUUUUAUAGAUUGUGCUGAAGCUUUGGGUCCCAGCCACACAUAGCCUUUUCUUCCAGAAAAGUCCAAUGGUUUGGCAGGAGAGUCAGGUGGCUGUAAUAUAGUAGGGAUAGUACAACCCCACCAGCCCUGGACAAACUGAAUAACUUAAUAAAAGAUGCCUUUUUAAGUCAUAUUUUUUUAGUGCUGAAUUGUUAAACAAAAGAAAUAUUUAUGAGCAAACUUUCUAUGUAUUUCAAGUUUGUGUGGUGCUUUGUACCGACUAGGUGGACCUGUUAUAUGUUUACACAUCUUAAUGAUUGUCCUCGAGGCGUAUGUAGUAAUUCAGUGACUUUUAUGCCAGAAAAACAAUGAAGUUCUGUGUAAUAGCAAACUAUUUAAUUUCUAAUGAAAUCGUAGGCUUUUGUAGUGUUUGUGUAUUGUUCUGGUUGGCAGUUACGAGUUGUAUUCUUCCUGCAGUAAGGCUUGUACGCUUGAUUGUAGAGAGAGGCAAUAGGAUGGUGGAUACCAUUGUUUAAAAAGAAAACCCUAAAUAUUGCUCCCUUAUCCGUGACAGAAUUGGGUAAGUUGUGGCACAAGCCUGAAAUUUAGAUUUCGCAUUGGCAUGAAAUAUCAAAUCCAUCUAGGGCACGUUAAAAAUAGGUGAGGGAUUUGUUUGUUUAAUUAAAUAAUAUGCGGGGGGGGGGGGGGGGGGGCGUGUCUGGCAAGUGCUUAAUAGCAACGUAUAAAUGGAGAAGGCAAGACCCUGGAAGAAAAGUAGCUCGUUGACGUUUUAUGAACCUGGCCAAGGUAACUUCAUAGCUUGCGCUGAAUGUGUGCAACAGGUAGAUGAGUAGGCUAAACGGGAGAAAGUACAGAUUUUGGUUUUUUCCCCUGUAGUUUGUCAGUCGUAAUAACGUGAAGAGUUUUAGUAGGGUGAUCUGAAUUUAAAUUCAUAAAAGUAUUAGCUUUCAGAAGAGUUGAGCUACCAACAAAAUCCCAUUCAGUCAAAAGGCAAGCUGUUAGCGUGCUUGAAAAUCAGAGCGUGAUUUUUCCGUCUUGCUGUAUUACUUGAGUUUUUGUUUCUUAUUGCUUGGAGAGACCAGGGCUAAAGCACAAACGUCCGUAUAUAUUUAUUUUUUUGGUUGUCAUUUAGGGGCUCUCUAGAAAGUGCAAGGAUCUGCAACAUAAAUCAGUUUGUGGAGUAUGGCCCUCUGCUGAACGUUGUGCUCCUGCCACAACAGUUGGUUGAUCUGGAAAAACUGAGCAUCGUUUAUGAUGUCUCUUUUAAGAAACACGGCAGCGUCCUCACCACACUUCUGAAUAAAUCACCACCGCAAAGAGCAGAGGAGAACUUGUCAGACAUUUUUCUCUGAAGAGUUCACGAGUUCUGGAUAUGUUAAAAGAGAAGUACUUCUGCUUUGCUGAGUUAGCAAGAAAAAUAUCACCGAGAUUAAUAAUGCAUUGUCGAGGAGAGAGGCUCCGGAAGGCAACAGCUGUGUUUUGCGCGCUUCGCUGUGCCUCGUUUCUCCUCCCCUGGGAAUCCGUGGGUGCGAUACCCUGGUGGUGGUGGCAGAGCCACUCUUUUGCCUGCACCCUGCCGUGGGGGAAGUGCGGAGGAGUGAUUCUGAGCAAGCGGGAGAUGAGGGCUGUGUGAAGCUCUUGGGCUGUUCAUUCCGAAGGGCUGUACCAAAGCUCUGGUUUAGCACAACUCUGGAUGCACUUUAAAGCGCUCGAUGAACAGCACACUGCUUCCCUGGCUGCGGUGGAAGGCGGCAGGGUAUUCGUUCUCCUCCCUGUUCUAGGAACCUAACUUAGCCGUGUAAUUUCCCUAGAUUUCAUCUGUAGGCCACGGAGAACAAAAGAUUCUAGAAGUGAAUGAUUCAGGUGAUUUAGGCUAGGUUCUUGUUCUUCGGAAAAAUAAGGUAGAGAUUUAUCAGCCGCUUUAUAGAGCGAGCUAACUUGUUCCGCUCAGCUACGCCAUAAAACCGUGCCCUGACCUUCCUCUCCCAUCGCUUGUGCUGGCCCUGGUACUUGCCUCUCCCCAUGACGCGUCGAGUGAAGGGAGCUACAACCAACAGGGAAUUUAUCCAGCCAAAACCCCUGAAGUUUUCACCUCCUUCAGUUCCCUCAGCCUUCCCAUCCUGGGAACAGAUGGGCGCUGGUGCUGCUGCUGGGGAGGGGUUGGGAAGAUGCAGCUGGACAAAACCGGGGAGAAUGGGGUUGCCUCUUUUCCUGGCAGUGAGAUGAGCAGAACCUAAUUGCAAAGCUGCACUGUUAGGGGUAAAGACAAGAAGUCUUUGUCAGCUGAGUACUUGAAAGACGAGCUGCAGGUUUAGUAAUUCGAGUUUUGGUGUUCUCAGUCCAGCCCUGUCCCCUGUAUCGCAAAAACAUUACAGUCCUAAAAGAUUUUCUGUGACUAUUCUUAAUGAUCUGUGUGAUGCUUGUGCCUAACAGAGUAGAAAAUAGCACAGAGUAAAGCAGUUUUCUAACUAGGGAACAUAGUGGGAAGAUCCAGGUGGAGAAAGUUUCAAAUCCGCUUUCACAGCACUUGCAUCUGUCAGAAUUGUCCAGGUCUGGCUCUUUGCCUUCCCGUCCCCUUUAAGUAAGGAAGAAAUCACAUAAAUAAGUAAGUAAACAAAUAAGGGAAGUUACCUGGGAACUUAAGUGGCAUUAGUAUUUGGUUUUGCCUGCAGAGUUUUAAAUCUGACCACACCAAAGGUCUGUAGUUCAUAAGGGGUUUUCAGAAGGUGCCUUGCCAAGCGAUGUGACGCAGCCUGUCACAGCUGGCUCGGAGCACAGCACGCUUCUUGUGAUACACCUGUGACAAAUGGCAUUGGGAUACCAGCCGCAGACAGGUACUCCUCUCCUGUGGCCUGCAUUUCGUGCAGCACGUGUAUUCACGUGCCCGAGGUGCGCUAUGUGUGAAUACGUGCCUCGCGAGGGAAGAAGACUGCAGGGCUUGUUGCUGGUGAUGCGAUGAUGGAAGGAAACGCCGGAGAAUUUAGCACCACCCGGUGAUCUUGUCAUUUGCUGUCAGUGAUUGUUGGUGUAAUGUUUCAGUAUUGUUUUCUUUCUGGAAGAUGGGAGGGUGGUGGCUUACAUGCCAUUUUAAUAUGCUUUUAGCUGGCUGAAUGGGAAAUACAAAUCAAGAUUGUUAAAAAUGGAAGGGAGGGAUAGCUGUGAAUUUGCCUAAGAUCUAAGUGAGUAGAGAAAAUUUGAGAUUGGUCUCUAAUUCAGAAAUAAUUCAGUAUGGAACAAAUGAGUGCCAUGUCUUCAACAGGGAGUAGGAUGUGGAAGAGGCCAAUAUUUAGGGUUUUUGCCCAAAGCACAUUUAGUCCUGCUCUACUGUUUAGUGAAAACGCCCAGUGCAGAUGCCACCAGAGCCUCAUCUCGUGGAGUAACGCUGUAAUAAAGAAUGUGGUUUUCUUGUGAAAGUCUUAACCUCUUCUUAUGAAAAUAACACACAACUCAGUAUUUUCAUGGUGUGUAAGUGAAAUGUAAUUUUUUUUUUUUUCAAUAAAAAACAUUUCCUUUCCUAAA